UGUUCCCUGUGUUGCUGUUUUGGCUGCAUUACUUUGAAGUAUAGGUUACCCAGUUGCAUUGGUUCGACGUUUUAAGGUGGGCCAUCGGUUUGACUCGGUGCACCUAAAAGUUCUUCGAAAACUUAGCUAGCUAACACUCGGGCGUGGAACGAGACACGACUAUGUCGGUACCAUUCUCAGGCACAGAACAUGCGAACCAGCAUUCACGUGUGAGCAGUCAUAAAAAGCCUGGCUUCCUCGAACGAUUAAGCGAGACUGCAGGAGGGAUGGUCGUUGGAAUUGCUGUGUUUGCUUUCUCCUUUUAUGUACUCUUUACGAAUGAGGGCAGGGCAAUACGCACAGCAGCUUCCCUGGAUGAAGGCCUCUCUCAGGUGGUAUCCGUGCACCCAUCUUCAGGUGUUGACUUCCAGAACAACGGCCGUCUGAUUCAUAUAUCCGGACCUCUGCGCACCUCCCAGCCUAUUUAUGACCCGAACUACAACAUAGCAGUGCAGGCAGUCAAGCUGAGGAGAGAGGUGGAGAUGUACCAGUGGGUGGAACAUCAAGAGAGCAGGGACUAUGAAGAGAACGGAGAAACUAAGACUGAGACCACAUAUACAUACAGUGAGUAA